GUCAAAAGUGUAUUUACAUUCCUGCUCAGCUGUUCUUCCUCUCUCUGACGUCAAAAUGAUGUCAUAAAUUGUAAGUGCUUUAUGAAAACCGUACGUAAGGGAGAGGGAAUUUCCUAUUCUUUGACGUCAUUGAGCUACCAGAUUUCAUUCUUUCAACGGUAGGCCAAAGACACACUGGUGAUAAAAGUGUGGUCGGAGCUGUUGCAUAAUAUUUUCCAUAUUUUCAUAACAGUGCUUCGGUGUCACGUCCGUCACGCAGUUACUCGACAUACCGGCCACGUCGUCAAGCAGGUGCCAGAUCGCAAGACAAUGAGCUUAAGUAAUUUACAUGUUCAGCUGGCAAUGCCCAUUGCCAAUGCAAUCCCAGCAUUACAAAGUGCUGGAAAGCUAUUACCCUGGGCUUCAAAACAUGGCUCUCGCUCAUCCCGCUGUUGGAAAGCAGAACUUGAAGAGAGUAUGAGAAAUACGCUGUCCGGCUGCACAGACCUGGGCCUGGUGCGGCUGGCGCCGGAGCGGAUCGUGAGCCCGCUGCUGAGCCGGCCGCCGCUGCCCGCCCACUGGCGGCAGUCGCAUGUCUCGGCCGCCUCGUUCGCCGACAACCAGCGCAGCGCGUCGCUGCUGCCGUCGCCGCGGCCGUCGCCGCUGCUGCUGGUGGCCGCCCGGCUGCCGGCGGCGGCGGCCGGCGCGCGCCGCGCCUACCACACCUCCGAGCAGCGCGGCUUCAAGACGCGCCGCACCGUGGAGGCGGAGCGGGCGCGCGCGCCGUCCAUCUCUGACCGCCUGCGGGACGGCCUCCUGCUGAGCGGUAAUCGGUCGCGGCCCGCCGAGGCCGGCCCCCUCUCGGCUGCCGACCUGGCCGCUGUUAGCGUCUUGGACCAGCACGGCGGUGCCAGCUCCAAACUCAAGGAGCUGUCGGACAAGUCUCAGUCGGCCGAGGAGCAGCAGCGGCUGAAACUGGCCUUUGCCGAGGGAUACCUGUCAGGCGGCACGAAACAGACCAACACCAGCUGGGGCGGCCGCGUGUUCCAGGGACUCUACAACGCGCUGCGCAUCGCCGCCAUCGUGCUCCUCAUCUACGUUGUGUUUGCUGGACCAGGGAACAACAUGUUCAGGGUGCAGUUUACCAGCAGUGAGGUGAUGCCAGAGGAGGUCAACGUCUCCUUCGCCGAUGUCAAGGGCGCGGACGAGGCGAAGCAGGAGCUGCAGGACAUUGUCGCCUAUCUGCGCAACCCGGAGCGGUUCUCGGCGCUGGGCGGCAAGCUGCCCAAGGGCGUGCUGCUGGCCGGCCCGCCCGGCACCGGUAAAACGCUGCUGGCGCGCGCCGUGGCCGGAGAGGCGGACGUGCCCUUCUUCCACGCGGCCGGCUCCGAGUUCGACGAGAUCUUCGUAGGCCAGGGCGCGAGACGCGUCCGAGAUCUGUUCAGAAACGCCAAGGCGCGUGCGCCGUGCGUGCUGUUUAUCGACGAGAUCGACUCGGUCGGCGGUAAGCGGAGCGCCUCGCGCCACCACCCGUACGCCAACCAGACCAUCAACCAGCUGCUGACAGAGAUGGACGGUUUCCAUAGCAACGAGGGCGUCAUUGUGCUGGGCGCCACCAACCGGCCCGACCACCUGGACUCGGCGCUGCGACGGCCCGGCCGGUUCGACGUCGAGAUCAACGUGGCCGCCCCGGACCUGGAGGGCCGUAAGGACAUCUUCCACCUGUACCUGGACAAGAUCACCUUAGGACCCGACGUGGAUGUGGACAGCCUGGCGCGAGGCACCAUCGGUUUCACAGGUGCCGACAUUGAGAACAUGGUGAACCAGGCAGCCCUCCGCGCGGCCAUCCUGCAUGCCUCCAGUGUGUGUAUGAAACACCUCGACUGGGCCAGGGACAAGGUCAUCAUGGGCGCCGAGCGCAAGGCCCGCAUCCCGGACGAGGAGACCAACCUGAACACGGCGUACCACGAGGGCGGCCACACGCUGGUAGCGCACUUCACCAAACACGCCGACCCGGUGCACAAGGUCACCAUCAUGCCCCGCUCGCGCAGCCUCGGACACACGAGUCAGAUUCCGAGCAAAGACCAGUACCAGAACACGCGAGCCCAGAUCCUGGCGCGGAUGGACGUGCUGAUGGGAGGCCGGGCGGCGGAGGAGAUUCUGCUCGGGCCCGAGCACGUCACCACCGGCGCCAGCAACGACCUCGAGAGGGCCACCCAGCUGGCGACGCGGAUGGUCAAACAGUUCGGGAUGAGCGACCGGGUGGGCCUGCGCUCGAUCCCCGACACCGACCCGGAGACGCUGGCCAACGCCAUCAGCGACUCGACCAUCGAGUUGAUCGACAACGAGAUCAAACGCCUCCUGCACGAAUCGUACGAGCGGGCGAAGCGGAUCCUGAAGGAGCACGACAAGGAGCUCAAGUCGCUGGCGGACGCUCUGCUCAAGUACGAGACGCUCGACGCCGACGACAUCAAGGCGAUACUGCAGGGCGGCAACUGUAAGAAGGCCGGCCCGCAGUGACCGCCGGCCGGCUAGGUGCGCGCUUUGUGACGUCCGUCUGUUAUGUGAGCUAGGUGAGCAAUGUGAGCAGCGCUGGGUGAGCUCCUACAUCAUCAUUACAUAGUGAGCUCGCCACAGGCUGUCACGACAAGUCAGGGCAGUGGUACGCGGUCUGUACUAGCACGUGACUCGCGACAUAAUCGUUCAGAGGUGCGUGCUUCGAACACGCACGUGAAUGCGGGUGUCGUGCGAGCGAUACAUGUGUCGCUUCAGCGCCCUUAGUGUGAACCUCUACGAGAAGAAGAAAGUGGCGGUAUGUAUCGGUGGAAGCUGGUUGUGGUAGGUGUUCGACGGCUUCCGUGAGUCAAUAGCGCUCGGUGCCGAUGAAGUCAUCUCCGAGCUCCAGCGCGCGGGCGUGCCGGACGCCGGUUGCAGUCGUUGAACAGAGUGUAUGUAAGUGAACAGAGAACUCUGUUAGUUUCAGCCAGUACCGUGAAUUCUGCGGUGCCUACAACAUUCUGUCAAUAGUAAAACGGUAUACUAUGGUAAAACGCCGGUGGCUUUAAUUGUCGUCGGUCAUUUCUGGAACCACGUCCGUUCAUUGCAAGUUACUGAGGCUGCGAAUUCAGUCCGUCUUAGUUCUGUACACUUUGAGAGUAACCGAGGCUCGGCAUCCGCUGUUGUAUAUUCUGUUGACGUGUUGAUAUAACUGUGAACAAGUGGGCCUUCGUGACAACCAACAUACAGUGUCGUUAUGUCAUAUCGAGGCAUUGCAUUGAAUACAGAGACGAAGAGAAUGA